AUGUCCACCGUAGUGGGGGUUCAUGGUCGCUCUUAUACCAUAGGCGAGGUGCUCCGGCAGCGUCGUAGCGACCUUGUUCCGCUCAUCAUCAAAGCCAAGUCCAAAGAGGAGGUUUUUAUCCUUAAAAGUGUGACCAAGGAGGACUACGAUCUGUCUCUACGUCUUGCCACCCACUUUGCAAGCUGCCGCCGGCUUCGGAUGCACACUGAUUGCAACCCGGAAGAAGGAAUCCUUAUUUAUCCCUAUUAUCAAGACACACUGCUUUCUUUGAUUGAAGGCGAUGGGAACCUGCCCACAGCGGAGCGGAAGAAAAUUUUGCGAGGCACUGCAGAAGCAAUACAGGAGCUUCAUACCAAGGGCUGGAUACACUGCGAUAUAAAGCCUGACAAUAUACUAGUAAACUGGACUUGCGAUGAUCAGGGGACUAAAACCGUCACCGAUGUGGCUCUUGGCGAUUUUGAUAUUGCUUACGAGUUGCCAAGCGGACAACUUUCACGUCGGACCCGUUCCGCAAUAGGCAACGUAAUGUGGCGGAGUCCAGAGGGACAGACGGGAAUUACUAGCAAGGCAUCAGAUGUGUUCUCAUUUGGACUAGUUUGCAUAUACGUCUUUGGAGGCGGUAAGUUGCUGCUCAUAGACGAUUACGAAGAGCUUACAAGAGAUGGUAUUACCGCAGAGCAGGAUAUAAUCACUCGACACUUUUCCUACUUUGGACCAGCCCCCGAAGAACUUUUCGAGCAGGCUAGCAAUGAAAAGUGGACUCGCGCUCUGCGGUCAGCUUCAGCGGCGGCAGAGGGUGGAGUGAGAGACCAACCUGGCUUGAGGUUCACAAAUUGGAGCGCGGAGCUUGGCCGUGAGGCACAGGACUUGAUAUCGGGAAUGACAAAUCUGAACCCGACGAGCAGAAUACCAAUCGAAGAAGUUAUAAAGCACCGUUGGCUGCAGGGAACUCCGUAG